UGUGAUCACGACCUGAGCAGACAUAACCAAUCGAAUUUAUUUAAAUUGUAAAUCCCUUUGUAAAUAGAAAUUAAUCUGCUUCCAUGCGUCGACAAUAGCAUUGCUUUUAUAAAAAUUUAUAUCUGUACAAUGUGUUUUCAACAAUAAAGUAUAAGUUGGAAGACGAAAUAAGCUGACAAAAAUGGUACGAUACACUGAGUUUCAAGCAGUUGUACUAGCAGGGGGGAAAGGUUCCCGAAUGACAGAGUUGACGGCGGGUAAACCAAAAUGCCUUCUUCCUAUUGGAAAUAUUCCAAUGAUUUGGUAUCCUCUCAAACUCCUGGAGAGAGCUGGUUUUACCGAGGCAAUAGUUGUAGUGACAGAAAAUAUAAAAAAUGAUGUUGCAACUUGUGUUGAUAAACUGGGCUUUGGAAUGAAAUUGGAACUGGUAGGAAUCCCUGGUGGAGAAGAUCUCGGAACAGCAGAUUCAAUAAGAUCAAUUUACGACAAACUGUACCACGACUGCAUCGUUGUAUCGUGUGAUUUGAUUGCGGAUAUUGAUAUUUCUGAACUUGUUGAUUCCUUCAGAAAACACAAUGCUAGCAUUAGUGCUCUAAUGCUUCCAGUUCCUAAAGUACCACAUGAUUUUGUCACUCCUGGACCAAAAAGCAAACAAAAACCAGAAACUGAUCUCAUCGGCAUCGACAACACAACCAGUCGCCUUGUGUUCUUGGCUUCUGCUUCAGACUUUGAAGAAACUAUCAAUAUCUCAAGAAAAUUACUCAGAAAACACAACAGCUUUACUAUACACUCAAAAUUGAUGGAUGCUCAUUUGUAUAUCAUCAAUAAAUGGGUUCUCGAUUUUUUAGUCCAUAACAAAAAUUUGAGUACUCUCAAGGGUGAAUUAUUGCCAUAUGUCGUGAGUAAACAGUUGUCGAGGCCAGCAAAGCAAAUGAUUGAUGAUAAGAAUACGUCGAUAGUAAAAUUGGACACAUUGGAUGACAUUUUUCGUUUUGCUGUUGAAAAACCAAUUGAUGAACUCAUUAGAAAGAUGUCAGCUUUCAACGAUCAUAACACCGAUUUGGAGGAUGCUUAUCACGAUGAUCCUAUCAGAUGUUAUGCUCACAUGGUCACAGGAAAAUUUGGCUUGAGAGCCAAUACUGUUCAGAUGUACGCCCUCGCUAAUAAAAUGUUAUCGGAAAUUUGGAGCAGCCCUGAAUCCAAGGAUGAAGAGUCUUUGUCUGGACCGGUAUCUUCAACUGCAAUUGUCAAAAGUACUCAAGUGGACAAUUGUCGCAUCGAUGAAGGUGCCUUCGUAGAUGAGAAAACUUCUCUGAAACACAGUCACAUCGGACCUUCAGCAAACGUCGCUAUGAAAACGCGAAUUUCCGAUAGUAUCCUCAUGGGAAACGUUACUGUUGGUCAGAGAUGCGUUAUAAACAAUUGCAUUUUAUGCAACGGAUGCGUCAUCGACGAAGGGACGGAAUUGAAGGAUUGUUUAGUUGGGGCCUCGCACAUCGUUGUUUCAGACAGUCGUCAUUCUCAGGAAGUUCUCACCGACGCCGACCGACUUAUGGAAAUAUAAUUUUUUUUAUCAAUAAAGUGCUUAUAUUAAUA